AUGACUGAUGAACGCCCCAACAAACAGAGGUACUUCCCGCGCAACCCUGCAAGGCAAUCUGUCAUCGACGCGGAAAUCGAUGAGCUACCAUCGCAUCAGUGGAGACCGUCAUUCGAUCGUCAACUAGCGAGCCAGCCACACGUGGAGAAACGAAAGAAUUUUAAUAAAGGUGAAAAUCAAUCAACGAUGAACAUGGAAAGCAAAAUGGAGGAGAGUGUGAAGCGCUUACGCGAACGCGUAGCCGAGGAAAACGCGAAGCGACCGCGGACCCUGAUGCUGGGCGUGGGGCCGACGAUAGGCCCACGGGAUGCUGCCCCCGCACGCGCCGAAGCCGCCGAUGCCGCCGCGGUGUACGCGGCACUCACGCACACUACUGGACAGACGCGCAGCCAGCAGCAAGCAAUGGCGACCCAGCUAGCCGCUAGACAGACCGCCGUCGCACGCGCUGCCAGCAUACACGCCGCCGCCAUCCACGCGGAAACGACUCGUGCUCUGUCGGUACACGCGAUCGCGGUUCACGCAGCCGCAAGGUACGCGGCCACAGCCAGCGUGACGACGGACACCCACGCUGAAAAUGCCGACACCGCACAGGCUACAGCAGCACGCGCCGUCGCAGCCCAAACAACUACACGACGGACCCUCGCCGCGCGCACAACCGCCGUACACGCUACAGCGGCGUUCACCAACGCAGCGCGUGCUGCCCACAAAAUUGGUGGGCGCUCACUAGCCGCUUUCCCGACCGUCAGCCCUUCAGGAGACGACAGAUACAACACCGCCGGGGCAACCGCCUUCUCUGUGAGGAGGGUAACUUCUAAUCACGACACCAGGCACGGGAGCGGAAUGGACACGGACAAAACCACGUCCACUAUUAGCACGCCCACCGAAAGUAUAACAAGCGACAGCUCGACGAGCGACAGCGCAUCGCACACCACUCCAUCGGACACCAGCCCAACCACCGAUAGCCCAACAGGCGAGAGUCCAGCUAGCGACAGACUGGCUAACCAGGACACCGACAUGGGGUUGGCCGAACAGCUCGACAUCGAGCUAUCCUCGGACGAGGAGCCGCCACAGCAGACGUCGAUGGCCUUUAAGGCUUCUCCACGUAUGAUGACACAAAGUGAGGAAACUGCAACACAACGUAAACGAAGGCUUCAAAAAGCGAAAGAAAAGUAUAAAGCAAAACGAGCUAAAGAAAGUGAAGGUGAUAGAAAUAGUCGAUUACAGAAACGACGGGAACAAUUAGCGUCAAAAACACCUGAGCAAUAUGAGGCCAGGUUAAAAAAGCAACGUCAGCGAUAUACACAAAUGACGGCGUCAGAAACGCCUGAAGAAUACGAAGCCAGGUUAACAAAGCAACGUGAGCGAUACACACAGAUGAUAGCGUCAGAAACGCCUGAAGAAUAUGAAGUUAGAUUAAUACAAAGCCGUGAAAGACAAAGACAGCAGUUGGGUUCAGAAACGCCUGAACAUCGCGAUACGAGGUUAAAUAAACAACGAGAGCGUACCCAGCAAUGCAGAGCUAAUAAUCUGCAGGCAUUCGAGAAUGCUAUUAACACAAUUUGUAUACAUGUUUGUGAUAUUUGUACCAAACGUUGUUAUCCUAAUCAAGUUCGUAUCAUUGUUAUUAUGUUCCCGCUGUCAAACACAUGUUACUAG